CCCGCCCUGGCCUCCAUGUCCAUUCCUACGCAUGUCGGCCACCUCCCUCCGGCGGAGUUCAACCCCCACCCACGAGCACUGUUGCUCCACCCUCUCCCGCGCCCAUCCACAGACCGAGUGAGGGGUGAGGCAGCGCCCAGAUCCAUCGUCCCACUAGAAUGAGAUGCAGCACCAAAUGCCAAUCGAGACCUCGAUCUGGAUCGAGCAGGUGCUCUCCACCGAUGGGGCUUGGGCUGGCCGGUGUCCCAGGUUGACGUCCUCCUCCCUGCCGGUCCCGGCAACGCGCUCGGUCUCCGCAGCCAAUGGCGCAGUCCGGCAACAACGACGCCGCCCCGAUUAGUACUCAGCUCGCGGCGGAGGAUGUGAAGGUGGAGAGGACACCCGAGGAGGAGGAGGCCAUGCUAAGGUACCUCGAGUUCGUGCAGCGGGCGGUUGCACAGGCUGUCUUGCUGGUCGCUGCGGCCUACACAUAGGCCAAGCAGGACGUCGGCCCGCUACGCCCCGGCGUCGACCACGUCGAGGGGACCGUCAAGGCCAUCGUCUGCCCCAUGCGCCGCUGGAUUCGAGGGUGGAGCCCGAGCCUCCACUGGAGCAUGGAUCGGACGUGCAGGAGGUGGAGCUCCGCAUGGAUCAUGACAUGGUCGUCGUGGGGGCUUGGAUCAUCAAGUCCGCAGGCGGCGUCGGGGGCAGUGCAGUGCCAGCUGCUGGACAUAGUUCACCCUGGGUUGGUGCUGAUGCACAAGGUGAAUUUCGAUGCCAAGAUGGAGUACGACAUGAUCCAGAACUACAGGAUUCUCCUGGAUGUGUUCAACAUGCUGUGGAUAGGCAAGACCAGGAAAUGAAAGAUCUCUCGACAAACGGCCGCUUCCAGUCAGUUGGAUCUGAUGUUAUACCCGCACACGAUAGCUACCGGAGAAGCAACAAAUUAACAAGGACCCAAGCUGGACUCCCAAGUUCUUCGGCUCAAGGCGCUAAGGUGUUGGAGACGUGCCUGUACUUGUUGAGCGUUUUAUCUAUAGAGUGCUAUAUUGUGAUUGGUGUAAUAUUGUAUGGUUAUAUUGUGAUUGGUGGAAUGUAAUAAACUUGAUUGGUAUAUUGGUGAUUUGGCUGUUAUUUGAAUAUAUUUAAAAUGUGUUCUCUGAUUGGUA